ACUGACUCCCAUCCCUUCGGCGCACUUUAGCAACCCCCCUCCCAAUACCACCGUUCAUAUCUGUUUCUUUUUACUUUUUUUUUUCCAUGUGUGAACGGCCUUUCUCCAUAAAACUCUCUACCCCUUUGCCCCCUCUCCUCUCUUCUCUCUGUAACAUUAGGGUUAGGGUUUUAAAGCCCACCGCUAAUUCCACACUCUCUUUCUUCUUCCCUUUGUUUCUCUCGUCUGUAGCAGUAGGGUUAGGGUUUUCUCAAUUCGUGAAUUUUCUGUUAUCAAAUUGUGUAUGACCUAUCAAUCAAUGCCUCGGAAUCUACAUAUCAAACUGUGUGGACAAGUGGGUGGUUUUGGUUCCUUUACGUUCAGGAAUCCAUUGAGAAUUUGCUCCUUCGCUGCUUUGAUUGGUUAGCUUUCUAUGGCGCCCAGUCGAAGAAAAGGUACAAGUAAAGCAGCGGCUGCCGCUGCCGCUUGCCGUCAGUGGAAAGUCGGUGAUCUUGUGCUUGCUAAGGUUAAAGGCUUUCCGGCAUGGCCUGCUACGGUGAGUGAGCCAGAGAAGUGGGGUUACUCGAGAGACCGGAAGAAAGUGUUAGUUUACUUUUUUGGAACCCAACAAAUAGCCUUCUGCAAUCCUGUGGAUGUCGAAGCAUUUACCGAAGAGAAGAAACAAUCUCUUUUUGUUAAACGCCGUGGAAAAGGUGCUGAUUUUGUUCGUGCUGUGAAUGAGAUUAUUGAUUGCUUUGAGAAGCUGAAAAAGGAGCAACCUGUCAACUGUAAUUCUACCAAUGAAGCUGCUGUUAGGAGUGACACCAUAGUUGUUGAAUUGACCAAAACUCAUUUGGAGGGUGAAGCUCUUAACACGCUUGAAUCUUCUUCAAAAGAGAACCUUGGAUAUGAAAGUGAACCAGACUCUGAAAAUGAGGUUGGUGCAGUUGCUGCAAAGGACGAGGACGCUGCCUCCCAGGAUGGUGAAAUGCUGUCAGUUGAUCCUACUUCAAAUGUGGAGGUAAUGGAUAUGCCAGCUGCAAAGACUUAUUCUACCCGGAGGAAAACUGUUGGUGAAAGGUUAAGAAAUGGUGAUAUAGAGAGAAGGGCUCCACCUAAACGUAGGUUGAGAAGUUCUUUGAGAACCGAUCCUGAAAUACUACAAAAUCGUGCAUUGCCCUCUUUCCAUGCAGGAUAUGGUGCUAAUACAGUAAGGGAUAGAUCUGCGAGGAGGAACAAAAUGGAUGAAAAGCCAUCAAAUUGUUUAGAUAGGAACGAUAUGGAACAACCUGCUUUUGUUUCUAAUGGCAGCAUGGAAGAGAGUGAUUCUGAAAUUGCUACUGUUGACUCUGGCAGCUUGAGCUUAAAUGAAGGCAGCAGUGUGGAAUCUGGUUGUAAACCUGUGUAUAGGUGUGCUGUGCAAUGUGAAUCGGAGGUUGAGUUGAGUCAGAGACUUGAGUUCCAAAGUAGUGCCGUAAUACUCAAGAAGAAACGGAAGCCAAACAGAAAGAGACUGCACACAGAUUUAACCGAGUCCACUGCUGGUUUAGACAAAGAAACAGCUCCUGAGACACUGGCGACUAGAACUGCACAUGUCUUGCCAAGUGACCCUGUGAGAUCUGAUGAAAAAAAUUCCAAGGAAUUGAAAGAAGAUGGUGAUGAGCACUUACCGCCGCUUAAGAGAGCCAGGGCGCGUAUGGGUAGAUCAGCACCUGAAGGGGAGGUGUUAGAUAAUGAGGUGCGGAGUGAGGCGAAAUCGCCAGGAGCUUCUGACAAGUCUUCGGAACAGGUACCUGGGGGAGAUGGUUUUUUCCUUCAGACCUCUAAUUCUGUUAAAAGUGAUGCAUAUGAUUCAUCCCCGUCUAAGAAAUGUUCUCCAAAGAGACCACCAUUCUGGGAAAUUCGGAAACAGUUUGGUGGUUCGCUGGAUGGUGAAUCUGCUUUACCUCCAUCAAAACGGCUUCAUCGUGCCUUGGAGGCUAUGUCAGCUUAUGCUGCAGAUGAUGAUAAAAAAGAUGUGGAUGGGCUUUGUGGAAUGAAGACUUCUAUGAAUGGAUGUUGCUCGAGUUCCAAGGAGGUUUACUCUGAGCUGUCUGAAGGGAUUAAAGUUGAGAAUAACUCUGAGCUGUCUGAAGGAAUAAUACCAGGGCUUUGUGCUGUACAUGAAGAUGCUACUCAAUUUAUGGUGAGUGCUAAAGCAUUGGUAGCUGGGGAAGGCUUGGAACAUUUAUCAGAGGUGCCAGCUAUUAUUACACCUUUAGGUUUGGAUGACAGCGCAGCAAAGAUGUCCUGUGAAGAUAAAUGUGAAGUCUUGGACGCUGCUAUACGGACACCUGAAAGAGUGAAGUCAUCAAAUGACUGCCCUUCUAGCGCUUUUCUUGCACAUUCUGCUGGUGCCAAGUCAGAUAGUGAGUUGCAGGAUACCUUCAAAUGUCAACAUUCUUCACCAGGGCCAGUCAUGCCAUCUGAUGAAAAUUGUGAAAAUGAAGAUGCUGAGUUAGAAAGACAUUUAGAAGAUCCAAUUUCUGAAGUUUCAGGGAAAUCUGCUGAUUGUGGAUCUAAUGAUGAGGUAAUAACAAGUUCACCGGGAAAAGGUGACAUUAUGGGUUUGGGUAGUGCGGAGGCUGAAUGUGGUAAAAAUAACAGUUUAUGCCAAGUUUCAUUAGAUGGGUGCAGUCAAGACAAUGAAGAGUCCAUGAAUAUGAAAGAAGCUGGAUCAGCAUCAAAGAAUAUAAGUGCGACCUCGUCUUCAAGUCCUGAAAAAGUUGGGGACGUGUCACUCAAGGAGUUGCACAUGUCUGGUUUGAGCUCUGUAUCUGAUGAUCAGUUGGGCGAUAAAGCUGUCUCAGCCACCCUUUCGUCAUCCUCUCUUACUGAUGGGAUGGACUCCUUUGCUAGGGUAUCUACACCCAAUACUUUAACUUGCAACAUGUCUACUGUAGAUAGUAGUGUGUAUGUAAGUAAUGGAUGCUCUAGUCCCUUGUCUCAUCAGCUACAUGACAAGCCAAGGACUGUUGGAAAAUUGAGCAGCAGAGGAGAAGCCAAUGUUGCUUUAGGUUCCUUUGAGGCCACUCUUGGGAUACUAACAAGGACAAAAGAAAGCAUUGGUCGAGCUACACGCGUUGCUUUAGACUGUGCUAAAUUUGGUUUUGCUUCUAAGGUUGUGGAGAUCAUUGCGCAAAACUUAGAAAAUGAAUCAAGCUUACAUAAAAAGGUGGAUCUUUUCUUUCUUGUUGAUUCUAUUGCACAGUUUUCCAGAGGAUUGAAAGGUCACAUUGGUGGCAUAUAUCCUUCCGCCAUUCAGGGAGUAUUGCCACGUCUAGUAGUAGCAGCUGCUCCUCCUGGAAGUAGUUCUCAGGAAAAUCGAAGGCAGUGUUUGAAAGUUUUGAGAGUUUGGCAGGAAAGGAAGAUUCUUCCAGAAUCUGUUAUUCGACCCCACAUACGAGAACUUGAAUCCUUUUGUGGUUUAUCAUCGAGUCGUGCAUUCUCUCGACGUCCCACGAGGACAGAAAGGACAGAAAGAUCUUUUGAUGAUCCAAUUAGACAAAUGGAGGGUAUGCUGGUUGAUGAAUAUGGAAGCAAUUCAAGUUUUCAACUUCCUGGUUUUCGUAUGCCUGCAAUGCUCAAGGAUGAAGAAGUAAGUGAUUCUGAUGGUGAGAGUUUUGAGGCUGUCACUCCAGAACACCCUGCUGGAAAACCCAACGGAGAGGAGGCCAACCUGGCUAUUGAGAAGCGCAAACAUAUCCUGGAAGAUGUUGAUGGUGAACUUGAAAUGGAAGAUGUGUCUCCAGUGUGUGAAGGCGAAACUGCUUCUGUCAGUUACAGUGUCGGAACAAAUCCUGCUCAGAUUUCACGUCCUGGUGAUGGGAGCUGUCUUGGAGCCCCCUUCCAUCCUCCACUUCCGAGGGAUGGCCCCCCCUCAUCUCCUCCUUUGCCAACUUCCCCUCCACCUCCACCACCUCUGGCCUCAGUUGCGCCUGCACUAUCUUCUUUUCCUCCACCAUCUUCUAAAUCGAAUUCCAAUCCCGGUUGUGCUCAGUCAAAGUAUUCUGUGGGUUCACAGAACAUUAAAGACAACUUGCAGGAAACUGUUUUUCAGCAGUGUGAAGCUCCACAAAUUCAUCCGAUAGUCCCAGAUGCUAUUCAUUGUCAACCCUCUGAUGGCAGAGAGCUUCAUGCCGAGGGACCGUUGAAGGUGCUCGACUCUGCUAGUUCACGUCCUUCCAGCAAUGGAGCUGUUUCCCAUCCACCAUUCUGCUUGUCAAAUGGAGUACAGCCACCUGAUGGGGCUUCUAGCAAGGGUUUCCAUUUGCGCCCACCUCACCCCGCUCCUUCAAAUCAGUUCUCUUAUGUUCAGGCUGAUCAGCGGAGGGAUACAGCAACCCCUUAUUCCAAUGUAUUCCAUAUGCAGAAUGCAGAUAAUAGAAGUUUUUCGAGGGAUCAUAAUAGAAUGAAGUCAGAUCGACGUGAAAUUGGAGAGAGCUGGAUGACACCAUCCCAUUAUUCUGGUCCAUGCUACCCAGAUGGCUCCAGAGGUCGCUAUGCGGCUGAACCAUACCCUGUACCACACGAACCACCUUUACCAAGCCACAGGUGGGGUUACCCUCCCCGGGGUAUGAAUCGGAGGGAAUUCUUUACUCACAGACCGCCACCUGACCGCACGAUUCCGGUUACCUCUAGAGGUCCUGGCUUUUGGAGACCAAGAUGAUGACCCAAGAGAGGAAGCUAUAGCUGCUGGUAGUGCGGCUUGUUUAUACUAAUCCGAGAGUAGUUUGUACGCUGAGGUGCGCUGAAGCAGAGAACAGCAAGUUCAUGCUUGUAUAUAUGUAUUUUAGAGUUCUUUUGCAACUGCACAGGGGAUAGUCCAUUGUCUAAAGAGCUCUGUAGCAUAUUCCUAGGUAGCUAAGUUUUGUAUAUUUAUUAUAUUGUGUUUUUGUUUCUUUUUUAAUCGGUAUAUGGUCUCUCCUCUCUUAGUCUCUUGUUAGAGAUUUGUCAACAUCAUUUUGGCAAUUGUUAGGGCAUUUCAGGCUACCCCUCAUUAUGUGCACGGUGUACCCAUUGUUAUAGCAGUUUGGUACUCUGUUUUGAACAAAUGUUAUACCAAUACCACACCGAAAAAUUCGGCAUGGUUCGGUUUCACCUUU